AUGCAGAACAGAACUGGUCUAGUUCUCUGUGUCCUUGCGCCCCCGAUAGGCUUCCUGCUAAUCUGCCUGGGGGCCUUCUUCUUUUCCUUGGGCUCCAACUUCAACUGUCGGGGGAACCUGAUCCUGGCCUAUUCUCUUCUGUCUCUGGGGUUUAUAAUCUUUGUGAGUGGAAUUUUCUGGAACACCUACCGCCAGGCGAGUGAAAGCAAAGGCCUGUUCAGCCAUGUGCUCAGACAACACCUUGCCCAUGGGGCUGUGGCCCUGGCCACAGUGGACAGGCCAGAUUUUUACCCUCCUGCUUAUGAAGAGAAUCUUGAUGGUGAAAAGCAAACCUGUCCUGCAGAGGGAGAGGCCUUGGAUGUUCCUCCACCUGUGUACACAGAGAUGGUCUUUGAAUUUGUGGAUGAAAACAAUGAUCACCGAGAGGCCCCACCAUCCUACGACUCCAUAGACGACAGCUGCGACAGCAACCUCAUCUCGGGUGCAGAGAGGCAAAGCCAAGAGUACUCUCCAGCAUGCGUGACACAUCCUCCUGGGACACAGCUGCUAAUAAUAAACAUAAGCAAGGGACUGUGGGAGGAAAGGCCAUGUCAGUGA